AGAGGAAGAAGAAAGUCGUUUUUGUUUUGAAAACCUCGUCAUGUCACCCUCGGCGAGUUCAGCUUAACGUGAAACAUUUUACAGGCUAAAUAUGUCGUCGCCGGUUGCAAAGCCGCAGAUCAUUGCGCACAUUCAAAAGAGUUUGAACUACACGGUUUUUGACACUAAAUGGAUCCCGUGCAGCGCCAAGUUUGUCUGCCUCGGGAACUUUCCGCGAGGCUCCGGAGUCAUCCAGAUCUACGAGGUGCAGCACGGAGAGGCCCAGCUCCUUAAGGAGGUAGAGAAACCUAAACCCAUAAAGUGUGGGACAUACGGGGCCACCUCUCUCCAACACAGACACAUUGCAACUGGGGAUUUUGAUGGAAACCUCAACAUAUGGAAUCUGGAGAUGCCUGAAGUUCCAGUGUACAGCGUCAAGGCCCACAAAGAGAUAGUGAACAGUAUUGAUGGCGUUGGAGGCCUGGGGAUCGGUGAAGGCGCUCCUGAGAUAGUCACCGGCAGCAGAGAUGGUAAAAGAAAAGAAGUUUGCAUAAAAGAAAAAAGCAGAUUCAAAGAAAACCCCACCAGGUUGAUACCUGUAAUGAUUCCGUCUACUUAUAAGUCCACUUGGAGUUUGUGUGUUACAGGAACAGUGAAGGUGUGGGAUCCCAGACAAAAGGAUUCACCCGUCGCCAACAUGGAGCCUUUGGAGGGAGAAGCUAAGAGGGACUGCUGGACUGUUGCAUUUGGUCAUGCCUUCAAUGACGAGGACCGCUGCGUGUGUGCUGGCUACGAUAACGGCGACAUCAAACUCUUUGACCUGCGGAAUAUGUCCUUGCGGUGGGAAACUAACAUUAAAAAUGGGGUGUGCUGUGUGGAGUUUGACAGGAAGGACAUCAACAUGAACAAGCUGGUGGCCACCUCACUGGAAGGAAAGUUCCAUGUUUUCGACAUGAGGACCCUGCACCCGACGAAGGGCUUCACCUCCGUUUCAGAGAAGGCUCACAAAUCAACCAUUUGGCAGGUGAGACAUUUGCCUCAAAACAGAGACAUCUUCAUGACCGCGGGGGGAGCCGGUAAUCUGCACCUGUGGAAAUAUGAGUAUCCCGCCCAGAGAAACAAAAAGGACUCGGACGGGGUGGAGGUGGGUGUGGCCGGAUCUGUCAACCUCUUACAGAACGUCACUCUGUCCACUCAGCCCAUCGCCAGCCUGGACUGGAGCCCUGACAAGCAGGGCUUGUGCGUGUGCUCGGGCUUCGACCAGUCUGUACGCAUGCUGAUCGUCACGAAACUCAACGUGGUGUGAGAAAGUCGACCACGCCCAAAAACUGACUGCCAGGAUUAGUGACCUCCUGCUCCCAAACGCAGAUGACCUGUGCUGUCGACUUAUGAAAAAAACUUUUUGUUUUAUUCCAUCUCUUUGAUGUCUCCUCCUUCCUCCCGUCGAUCUCAUUGGUCUUUAUGAAGGAUGUUGCAGUUGCCUUGUUUGUGGAUACAAGGUUCCUUGAGGGGGUGUGGUUAGUGUAAUUCUGUCUGUUCAUUGGAUGCUGAGGCCGACCACGUGCAUCAACAACAGCAACAGUGAAGAUUCAGCUGAAAACCAUCAGGUGCCUAAUAUUCAUGCCAUGACUCCUUUUCAACUUUGGUGCUACAUGUUGAAAGGAAGAGCUUUUUACCUGCAUUUCAGAAGACAGAGAGAGUCUUUAGAGCUCCUUUUGGAACAUUUUGAUCUUUUAUUGCUGUUUUGUUGUCUGUCAGCAGUAAAAACAUUUUAAUAGUCUAAUUUAAACUAUAAUAUAAAUGUCCCCACCCAUAAAAUCAGAAUUUACUGUUAAAAGUAGGCAUCAACACAUUUGGACCAUGCCAUGUCCCAGCUGUCCAUCCUCAGGCCUCAGUGUCCACCCCUGGAGCCUGUAGAUUUCCAGGGCUAAAGAAAAAUGCAACAGGAUGUCUGGAAGUGCUGCUGCUUCAGUUCCAGUCUGAGGAGAAUGGCAAUCUGUCAAGAUGUCAAGUAUGUGGAUGUCUGUCCAACUGGAAAACUUUAAAGUCAUAAACUGAAAUCUUCCUGUUUAAAUGUGGUCAUGAUCACAGUUUAAUUUAGUGUCUAUCUUGUUCGGGAUUACACUGAAUGUGGAUUUAACAUCAUGUUUUGUUGCAUGAUGUAGUUAUGCUUUUUCUUAAAGUAUGUGUUUCUCGAGAAUUUUUCAUAUUAAAAGAGUUUGGAUCAC